UCACACACCCCCCCAUCUGCCCCUACACUCGCUUCUCCCUCAGCGCUGAUUGUCACACAUUGUUUACUACGGCUUGAAAUGUGACUCACAACAAGAGGCUGUCUGCUGGAGUACCGCGCUGACAAAGCGAAGGAUUUCUUUUCCUUGACGCGCGCCGUGCGUCUUGAUUACAUAUAUUUUUUUUGGAUGGGACACAGGUUUGUGGAGACUAACCCUUCUGCCAUGUCAGUGGAUUUGUUUGCGCUUUUAUCCCUCCUGGUCAUCACAUCCUCUGCGAUGGAAGAAACCUUGAUGGACACUCGAGUGGCCACCGCAGAACUAGGCUGGACAGCAUAUCCAAACUCUGGGUGGGAGGAGGUGAGUGGCUAUGACGAAAACCUCAACACCAUCAGGACCUACCAGGUGUGCAAUGUCUUUGAGCCCAGUCAAAACAACUGGCUCCUCACCACUUUCAUCGAUCGCCGUGGAGCUCAACGCAUCUAUGUGGAGAUACGAUUCACUGUGCGGGAUUGCAGCUCCAUUCCAAAUGUCCCAGGCUCCUGCAAGGAGACUUUUAAUCUUUAUUACUAUGAAACUGAUUCUGUCAUAGCCACCAAAGGAACAGCCUUCUGGAUGGAGGCCCCCUACCUCAAGGUGGACACCAUUGCUGCAGAUGAAAGUUUCUCUCAGGUGGACUUUGGUGGGCGCUUAAUGAAGGUCAACACAGAAGUGCGCAGCUUCGGCCCGUUGUCUAAAAAUGGCUUCUACCUAGCAUUUCAGGACUACGGUGCAUGCAUGUCUCUGCUGUCAGUCAGGGUGUUUUUUAAGAAGUGCCCAAGUGUGGUCCAAAACUUUGCAAUAUUUCCAGAGACUAUGACGGGAGCAGAAAGCACCUCCCUGGUCAUUGCCAGAGGAAUCUGCAUCUCAAACUCAGAGGAAGUAGAUGUCCCAAUAAAGCUCUACUGUAAUGGAGAUGGAGAGUGGAUGGUUCCUAUUGGAAGCUGCACGUGUAAGGCCGGGUUCGAACCUGACAAUAGCAACGUCUGCCGUGCAUGCCCACCAGGUACCUUCAAAUCAACCCAGGGCCCAGGUCUUUGUCUACAAUGCCCUCCCAACAGCCGAUCCACAGCUGAGGCUGCUACUAUCUGUGUUUGUCGCAAUGGCUACUACCGUGGUGAUGCUGAUCAACCGGAUGAACCCUGUACCAGUGUUCCAUCCAGCCCAAGGAAUGUGAUCUCCAUUGUUAAUGAGACCUCCGUGAUCCUGGAGUGGCAUUCUCCCAGGGAAACAGGCAACCGAGAUGAUGUUGUCUAUAACAUAGUGUGCAAGAAGUGCCGAACUGACCGACGCUCCUGUUCACACUGCGAUGACAAUGUGGACUUUGUUCCCCGACAACUAGGUCUGACGGAGACCAGGGUCUUCAUCAGUAACCUGUUGGCACACACCCUUUAUAGCUUUGAAAUACAAGCCGUCAAUGGUGUGAGCAACAAGAGCCCAUACCCAGCACAGCAUGUCACCAUAGACAUUACAACCAACCAGGCUGCCCCAUCAAUUGUUCCAAUCAUGCACCAGAUCAGCUCCACCAUGAACAGCUUCACUCUAUCAUGGCCUCAACCAGAACAACCAAAUGGGAUCAUCCUAGACUAUGAGCUGCGCUACUAUGAAAAGGACCAUGCAGAGAUCAACUCUACUGUACUGCGCAGCAAAACCAACACAGCACGCGUGGAGAGCCUCAGGCCUGGUACAGUUUACGUGGUACAGGUGCGAGCACGGACUGUGGCCGGCUUUGGCAAAUACAGCAGCAAGAUGUGCUUCCAAACCCUCACAGAUGAUGACUUCAAGUCUGAGCUGAGGGAACAGCUUCCUCUGAUUGCGGGGUCAGCAGCUGCUGGAGUGGUCUUUAUUGUUUCACUGAUUGCUAUCUCCAUUGUGUGCAGCAGGAAAAGAGCAUACAGCAAGGAGGCAGUGUACAGUGACAAGCUGCAGCACUACAGCACAGGAAGAGAACUCUCUCUGCGAGCCGACAUGUCUAACUGCCCUUCCCCACUGGGCUGCCCGACCCACUUCUCAGGCUCUCCUGGAAUGAAGAUCUACAUUGACCCGUUCACUUAUGAGGACCCUAAUGAGGCUGUGCGAGAAUUUGCUAAGGAGAUCGAUGUCUCCACUGUCAAGAUUGAGGAGGUCAUCGGUGCAGGUGAAUUUGGAGAGGUGUACAAGGGUCGUUUGAAGCUGCCUGGUAAGAGGGAGAUCUAUGUGGCCAUCAAGACCCUGAAGGCUGGCUACGUGGAUAAGCAAAGACGAGACUUCCUGUCAGAAGCUUCUAUCAUGGGGCAAUUUGACCAUCCCAACAUUAUCCGCCUGGAGGGUGUCGUCACAAAAAGCCGACCAGUUAUGAUUGUUACAGAGUUUAUGGAGAACGGUGCUCUUGACUCGUUCCUAAGGCAAAACGAUGGUCAGUUUACAGUGAUCCAGUUGGUGGGAAUGCUUCGGGGCAUAUCAGCAGGGAUGAAAUACCUCUCGGAAAUGAAUUAUGUGCAUCGAGACCUUGCUGCACGGAACAUCCUUGUCAAUAGCAACUUGGUGUGCAAAGUUUCUGACUUUGGUCUGUCACGCUAUCUGCAAGAAGACACAUCGGAUCCAAGCUACACCAGCUCUCUAGGUGGUAAAAUCCCAGUGAGGUGGACAGCACCAGAGGCCAUCGCUUACAGAAAGUUCACCUCAGCCAGUGAUGUGUGGAGUUACGGUAUUGUCAUGUGGGAGGUGAUGUCAUACGGAGAGAGGCCUUACUGGGACAUGUCUAACCAGGAUGUCAUCAACGCUAUUGAACAAGAUUACCGUUUGCCACCACCCAUGGACUGCCCCAGUGCCUUGCACCAACUGAUGCUGGAUUGCUGGCAGAAAGACCGCAAUGUACGACCCCGAUUUGCAGACAUUGUCAGUACCCUCGACAAAAUGAUCCGAAACCCCACCAGCCUAAAAGCUGUAGCCAACAUCCCUGCUGUGCCUUCUCAGCCACUUUUGGACAGAUCCAUACCAGACUUCAAUACCUUCAGUUCGGUUGAGGACUGGCUUGCUGCCAUUAAGAUGAGCCAGUACAGAGACAACUUCCUCAACUCAGGCUUUACCUCCCUGCAGCUUGUGGCCCAGAUGACCUCAGAGGACUUGCUUAGAAUAGGAGUGACCUUAGCAGGCCAUCAGAAGAAAAUCCUCAGUAAUGUCCAGUCCAUGAGGGUGCAGAUGAGCCAGUCACCGACAACGAUGGCAUGACUACAGGAGGCGCUGUGCCACGGAACGGGCAGCAUUCGGAGGACCAAAAACAUCAGCCCACGAAUGACCCCCGAUCCAUCGGAACGCGCCAGAGUUGAGACUAUCGUCUUAAUCUAAACAUCUGUUAUGGCAACAGGAGACCAGGGUUUACGCUACUACAUGGAAAACAGUUGUUACAUCUCAUGCAAUCCUCCUCAUGCAUUCAGGGUCAAUACCUGGCACUUUUUCUCCACUCUUCACAAAAGGAAGACGGCAACAACUUUUGUGGUUUCCAGUUACAUUUGUGUCAUUACAAACCAAAAUUACUCCUACAAUCGGACAUCGAGACAGGGAACAACUUAGGAGUUAUGCCGUUGUGGUAAAUUAAUUGAUAUUGUGCUUCUAUAUUAUCUGGACUAAAAAAAAGUAAAAAAUGUAGACACAAGUGUGAGACAUUUAGAAACCUGUGACCUGUGCUUUAUAUCCAUACGGUUGUCAUUGUGGGAGAGAACGACUCCUUGACCUGAUGGAAGCAGCUAGAAAGUUUAACUAACUGGAGAGAGAGGCAUACAGGGAUGUACAGUGGAGCACUAAUUUCAAUGUUUUCUUUGUUUUUUGCUUGUUGUAAAUUUUUUAAUAUUGUAUAAUAGAUUAACAAAUUCAGAGCUUAUUUCUAUUUUUGUCCUUUACCACCCGUUUCUUGUGUUGCAACUAUAGCAAGAUACCACCUACUUGUCUCUUAACUUAAACACUACCUGUGGAGGUUUGGUUGGUCGGUCUUGCCUUCUCCACCAUCUCCACCAAGAGAAUAUAAAUAUGUUUAUCUCUUGCUAAUAUGAUUAUAUCUUUCAUAAUAAACCUUCAUAUUGAAGGUGUUACAUAUUAAUAUGUAUGUACAGAACUCUCUGCUUGCAUUUUUGGCAAAGACAUGUUGACUAGAUUGUGAUAGACACAUGCAAUGUGUAGUUUCCUGUAAAUCCCUGGAUUCCUUAUCACAGCUGAACAACGGACAAUUGGUUGAACAUCUUCAUGAUCCAGGGACACCAUAAUGACUCUUCUGACUGUACUUUAACUAAGGAAAAUGUUAACUGAUCACUGAGAGAGAACUGUUAUUGUAAAGUUGUAUAAAGAUGUUGUAGGAGUUAAAGUAUUGGAUAAAAGUAUUUUACUGGAGAUCAUGUUAAAUGUAGGUGUACACAUGCUGUCCUCUGCUGAUGAGCACUUACAUGUACAGAUAUGGCUUAUGCUCCAUUUGCAUUUUUAUAUAUUGCUUGUGUUUGGAUUUCUCAUUAGAAUGUAACACUAAUUUAAAGAUGGUCCAUACAGUAGGCUGUCCCAAAUUCAUGAUAGGCAGCUGCUGAUCAUAAAGAAAACAAAAACCUACAAAGGCAUUUGCAUUCAGUUGCUCUACAUCUAAAGAGUUUCAUCUUGAGGUAAAUUCUACCAAAUGUAUAUAUCUUAGCUGAAGCAAGACUUUCUUCAAAUUUGAAAUGCAUGAGAAAGCAUCUAAUCAAGGCAUUGGAAAUCAGUUUAAUUCUGCAUCACUUCCUUUCAAAGUGAAAAUGAACAUCUGGGCUGAGGUUUGCCAACAGGCACCCAGUGCCAUAUCAAUGAACACACAGUCUUAAACAGCCCUAAAGAGCCCAUUGCUCACAAAAGAAAUGACCUUACAAAUGCUGCUGUAUUUAUCUUUGGCAUCUAUCAAUGCAUCCUUGCUGAGGGUGUUAACCGAUUGAACAGGCAAGAUGAAGCCAAUUGCUGUCCUAUUAUAGAGAGUUGCAAAAAACGCACUUGGUGACAAUAAUUCUUGAGGAUGUUCUGAUUGCUGCCUAUAAAAUUGUCCUCAUAUUUAAUACAGUAAUAGAAAAAUAGUCUUAAGUUAUUUGUUUUAGUUCUGUAAAAGGGUUGAUAUUAUGCAGUUUGAUCAAAUAAAGUGAUGAACAAAAGCACUGAAGAACAGAAUUUCCCCUUUAACUAGUUAAUAAUAUAUUGGAUACCAUUGUCAUAAUUAUUCUUUAUCUGUUGUUAUUAAGUAAUUAAUAUUGAAUAUAGUAUAUCAAAAUUGUUUAAGUGUUGCUUCAUUUGUUUCAUUUUGCUACUCAACACAUAAUUUAGUUGUGUGCUGAAAACGGCAUUACAUAAUGAAUAUGUGAGCUAUAUGCAUAUUAAUUAUUUGAAAGUACAAACUGGCUUGAGAAAGGGAACAGAUUCUGCUUCAUAAAGAGACAGUUGAUGUCUGGGCACUAUUAAAACCUAUAGUUUGAUGCAUCCUUAUACAAUAAUGAAAAACGAAAAAAAACAAUUUGGUUAUUGGUAAGGCCCAAAAAUAUUAUUGUAAGUGUUCUUUAUGAGGUUUAUAUUUAAGGGAUCUAAUUGAGAUUAAUAGUUUAUAUUCUUAGCAAGAACCUCUUUGCUUUCCAUUGACAACCUCAAAUAAUAUAUAUAUGUUACAUUUUGCUAAUAAGCUACAACCAAUCCUCUCAGUUAUACUCAGUAUUCUCUUUCGCUGCGCUUUUUUCCAAGCCACUCUAGUUCGCUGGCGGGCUUCCAGCUCGUUUAUCCUUGGUUUAACCAAGCUGUCCAGGGCACUGUCUGAGGCAGGCUAGACCAGUGCUGGCCAAAGAAAUAGUUGGCUCCAUGCUUCAGUGGGCCCAGGCAGGGUGCGAACACCUGCUAGGACCCCUGUCUGACAGGCAUCUGAUCAGCAAUGGGGGAGGGAGAAUGAUUGGGCCAUGUAAAUGGACACAAAUGCACACCACUCUAAAUGUGAAUCCAAAAUAUGCUCCUAAAUCUUUUUUUUUUUUUUUAAGGGAAAGCAUUACAAUGUGUAAGAAAAGAUGGUAGAAAGAGAGGGAGAAGCUGUUUAGAGGAAAGCUAAUUUGCAAGUAAGACAUUAAAAGGAUAAAUAGAAGAAACUCAGAUUCUGUCUCUUUUAGCUUGAAAGUUAGUUGAUGCUGCCUUAUCCUUUCAUUAUAUAAAUGCUCAUUUCUUCGGUUAGGCUUGGGAAAUAUUGUAAUUAAGCAACUGCUUUGCCCUUUUGGACGAAUUGCAUUUUGUUUAAACUGCACAACUCAUUGAUUUUCCAACUAAACAUAAUAAUAUAUUCCUUAAUGCAGGCUUAGAUACCUUUCAUUAAAAACCAUUUCAUCAAUUUGAAUGUAUUAGUUAUCUAUUCAGCUCAGUCAUGUGUGUUUCCUUUUCAACCCUUUAGCUUGUGACUGAGAUGGUGAAUACAUUUAUUUUCUAACUGUGCAAUUCUUUUAGCCUCAUUUGCUCUGUUUGUCUUAUGAAAUGUCGUACUGUACAGUAACACUCCAGUAUGAUGAAUAGAGAGAUGGUUUUCAGUUCCUCUAUAAAAUGAGCUUUCUACUGAAGCCAUUCAUCACAUACUGAUACAAAACACAAGAUGAGGAGAGCUUGUUAAGCGUUUCAUGGUGUCGUAACUGUUUGAAGAGUGUCCAACAACUCGUUUAGUCACUGGAAUCAUCCCUUGCUUUUAUGGAUCAGCUAUAUACACCUGAAAAUGACACGUCAUUGCUCCCAGCAAAGACUGUUGUCAUUUAAGUGCAUCACGUUUUGUUUCUUUCUGGCUUUUCAAAGAUUUAUGCGCAUUUAUAACACUUCACAUCCAUCCAGAUAUAUACAAACACUGUGAAUAUAUAAAAAAGAAGAGUUUAUGUGGUCAGUCGGGGAGAGGAAGAUCAGAUGAACUGACCUUUUCCAAAAUGUUGUCACAGUCUCUCUCUUUUUGGUACAGAUUUAAUGAGAGAGGAUUGUGAGUGCACAUGUUAUCUGUUUUUUGUGUGAGGGACAGUGGCUGUAUGUUUUGUACAUAUUUGACUUAGUUAUAUGUACAGAAGUUGUGUGCACAUAUACAAUGUUGAUAAGUAUGAAUGGUUUUCCAAUUAUUUUUUCUUCCAUUUCUGUAUAGCUGCCACUUGUAAAUUGUGAAAGUAUGUGUCAAAGGUUUGUAAGAUGUAACUUUCAGAACAAUUGUACUAAAAUGCACUUAAUAAACG